AUUGAUGAAGGCAUAAAAGGAUAUCGCGAUGACUCCUUGAAGGCAGUUGAAAGAAAUCGAAUUGAAUAUUGUUUGCCUCUUACAGUGCUCAGCUAUAAAGAUUUGUAUGGUUGGACAAUGGACGAUAUCGUAGCAAAAAUAGGAAAAAAGAACAAUUGUACUUUUUGCGGGGUGUUCCGACGUCAAGCGCUAGACAGGGGUGCCUACAAAGUUGGUGCGACGAAGUUAGUCACCGGACAUAAUGCAGAUGAUAUGGCAGAAACCGUUUUGAUGAAUGUAUUGCGAGGAGAUAUCGCCCGGCUUCAGCGCUGUACCAAUAUCAUAACUGGUGAGGAGGGGGAUUUACCGCGAGUGAAGCCGCUGAAGUAUUGCUUCGAGAAAGAUAUCGUGAUGUAUGCGCGGCUAAACAAAUUGGAUUACUUUUACACGGAGUGCAUCUAUGCUCCUGACUCUUAUCGUGCAUAUUCGAGAUCAUUUGUAAAAGAUUUGGAGCGAAUGCGA